AUGGUGACGGCUGCGCCUCCCCGUCGACGCCUGCGGGACGUUGUCCCUGGCAUUGACCUUGGCGUGUGGCCGACGGGCGCCAAGAACAGCCUGACGGACGUGCCCGGCGUGCUCGUGCACACGCAGGAGAUUGUGGACGCGGCGCGCGGCGUGCACACGGGCGUCACGACGAUCCUGCCGCGGCACAACUGGUACGAGAGCGGGUGCUACGCGGGGGUUUUCCGGUUCAACGGCGCCGGCGAGCUGACGGGCAGCCACUUCGUCGAGGAGCUGGGCAAGGUGGCGUCGCCGAUUGUGGUGACCAACACGACGGCGGUGGGCGCGGCGUGGCAGGGGGUCGUGGAGUACAUGGCGGCGCACCACGGCGACGCCGACGUGGGCAUUGGGUACUUUGCCAUGCCCGUGGUGGCGGAGACGUUUGACGGCUUCCUCAACAACUCGGUCGCGUUUGCGGUGCAGCCGUCGCACGUCCGCCACGGCAUCGCGGCGGCGACGAGCGCGGCCGUGCCCGAGGGCAACCGCGGCGGCGGCACCGGCAUGGUGAGUCUGGGCCACAAGGGCGGCACGGGGUCGAGCAGCCGCGUGGUGGAGGGCGUCGCCAAGGACACGCGCUACACGGUGGCCGCGCUCGUGCAGGCCAACUUUGGCAGCCUGCGCAACCUGCGCAUCGUCGGCGUGCCGUACGGCAAGAUCGUGGCGGCCGAGCGGGCCGCGGCUACGCCGACACCGCCGCCGCUGGAAGCCGACAGGGCCAAGGCGGCGCGCGACGGCAGCAUCAUUGUCGUGCUGGCGACGGACGCGCCGCUGCACCCGCGGCAGUGCGAGCGGCUGGCGAAGCGCGCCACGGUCGGUCUGGCGCGCGUGGGCGGCUACGGCCAGAACCCGUCGGGCGACAUCUUUUUGGCCUUUUCGACGGCCAACCACGUGCCCGUGCAAAAGUUCAACAAGGUGCCACCCACGGACCCCUUCAAGCCGCUGGUGCACAGCGUCGAUGUCGUGGCCGACGAGUCCAUCAAUGGCCUGCUGGAGGCGGCGGCGGACGCAACGGAGGAGGCCAUCUACAAUGCGCUGUGUAUGGCGGAGACGCUGACGGGAUUCAAGGGCCAUACGGUGGAGGCGCUGGAUCUGGACAAGGUCAAGGCGACGCUGGACAAAUAUAUGGUGAAAUGA